CUUUUAUUUUCUUAUCGUCCCAAACCGCACCAAUGCCUUCAAAUUCUCUAUUUCUCUCCAUUAAUGGCGUUCCCUUACUUCCUUUACCUUCCAGACUUAAACUCUUAUCUCUUCCAUCCUCUCGUUAUCCUUCAAAGCGCAAACCAUUAACGAGUCAACGUCGCAUUAUUCGAUUACGAGUAGAAUCAUCAAAGAAGCCUAAAAAUUUCAUCCAAACGACCAAGAAUUUUGGGAGGUUUAGCUCUGUAAAUUACAUUGGCGCAUCAGAACCUAAAGUGGAAGAUAAGUCCGAGAGGAACUUACUUGAUUCUAUUCGAAAGCUAAUAGUGCUUGCUUUGUGUUGUAUUGCUUUUGGUCUGUUGCCUUUUAAUACUCUUCAAGUUCCUGCAGUAGCUGCUGCUGCUCCCGUAGUUGGUGUUGCUACAAAAAAGGAAACUAGAACAAAGAAAGAGAAAGAACACGAGUACUCGGAUUAUACUCGAAAGCUACUGGAGGUGGUUUCGAAACUUCUUCGGAGGAUUGAAGAAGUUAGGUCGUCUAAAGCUGACAUGAAAGAAGUUAAGAAAGCGUUAAGAGAGGUUAAAUUGAAGAAGGAGGAGAUGCAGGAUAGAAUUUUGGAGGAACUGAAUGCUGAGCUAAAGGAAAUGAGGAAUGAGAAGAAACGUUUGGUUAAACGUUCAGAUAUGAUAAUUGAUUCUGUUACGAAGGCUAGAAGGGAACUUGCUAAGUUGUCAAGUAAGCUUAGCGAUGGAGAGGAGGUGAAGGAGCAGAUGGAGAGGCUUGAAAUGGAUAUGAGUGCUGCUGAGAAGGAAUAUAGUGAGAUAUGGGAGAAGGUAGGUGAGAUUGAAGAUAGGAUUGUAAGGAGGGAGACAAUGGCCUUUAGUAUUGGUAUCAGAGAACUUUCUUUUAUUGAUAGGGAAAGUGAGCUUUUAGUGAAGAAUUUUGAGCAUGAAUUGAAGCAUCGGAGGGUUGAAAGUCUGCCAGAUAGUUCUGCUACCACUCUCUCCAGAUCUGAUAUUCUGAGAGAACUAGAAAGUGCACAAAGAGAGUACUGGGAGCAAAUGAUCCUGCCAAGUGUUCUUGAAGUUGAAGAUUCUUCUCCUUCCUUGGAUAGAAGUACUAAAAACUUUGUUCUACACAUCGGAGAAGGUUUUAAAGAGUCAAGGAAGCUGCAGAGGGAUCUUGAAACCCGUAUAAGGAAGAACAUGAAGAGGUUUGGAGAGGAAAAGCGUUUUAUUGUAGACACGCCAGCAGAUGAGGUUGUGAAGGCUUUCCCUGAAAUCGAAUGGAAAUGGAAGUUUGGAGAUAAGGAGGUUGUUGUUCCCAAGGCUGCCAGCCUUCACUUGUAUCAUGGAUGGAAGAAGUGGCGAGAAGAAACCAAAGCAGAACUGAAAAAGAACUUGUUCGUAAAUGAUGACAAUGGUAGACAGUAUGUGGCUCAAAGACAGGAGCGUAUCCUUUUGGAUCGCGAUAGAGUGCUUGCCAAAACAUGGUACAAUGAAGAACGAAAGCAGUGGGAAAUGGAUUCAAUAGCUGUUCCUUACGCUGUUUCCAAGAAACUUGUGGAGAAUGUCCGCAUUAGGCAUGACUGGGCUGUGAUGUAUGUUACACUCAAGGGUGAUGACAACGAAUAUUAUGUUGAUAUUCAGGAAUUUGAAAUGCAAUUCCAAGAAUUUGGAGGGUUUGAUGGGCUUUAUCUCAAGAUGUUAGCUUCGGGUGUUCCGACAGAAGUUCACUUGAUGCGGAUCCCUUUCUCUGAGUUGGAUAUCUAUGAACAGUUUCUCUUGACAAUGAGGCUAUCUUAUCAUUGCCUGGUUGGAUUAUGGAAAUCGGGACUUGUCUCAUAUGGAAGAGAUUGGGUUUUAAAGAAGUUCAGAGAUAUUAAUGAUGACAUAGCAAUGAUGAUUGUUUUCCCUAUUGUGGAGAUUAUUAUCCCUUAUCCGGUGAGAAUGAAUCUGGGGAUGGGAUGGCCGGAGGAAAUAACUCAAACUGUUGACUCAACAUGGUACCUGAAGUGGCAGUCUCAGGCUGAAAUUAAUUUCAAAUCCAGGAAGACAGAUGACAUCCAAUGGUUUCUCUGGUUUUUCAUUGGAAGUAUCAUCUAUGGAUAUGUGUUAUUUACUAUCAUCUGCUUUAUAAAGAGGAAGAUUCCAAGACUUCUUGGUUUUGGGCCUUUUCGUAAGAAUCCAAACAUGCGGAAGCUGCGGAGAGUGCAAGGUUAUUUCAAGUUUAAGCUGAGGAGAACGAAACGCAGAAGAAAGGAGGGAGUUGAUCCGAUAAGAUCUGCAUUUGAUCAGAUGAAGAGGGUAAAGAAUCCCCCAAUACGAUUGAAAGAUUUUGCUAGUGUUGACUCCAUGAGAGAGGAAAUCAAUGAAGUUGUUGCAUUUCUGCAAAAUCCCACUGCAUUCCAGGAAAUGGGUGCUCGUGCACCUCGGGGUGUUCUCGUUGUAGGCGAGAGGGGAACUGGGAAGACAUCCCUAGCACUGGCCAUAGCUGCAGAAGCGAGGGUCCCUGUUGUUGAAAUUAAAGCCCAACAGUUGGAGCCUGAACUAUGGGUUGGCCAAAGUGCAUCGAAUGUUAGAGAACUGUUUGAAACAGCAAGGGAUUUGGCACCUGUCAUAAUCUUUGUUGAGGAUUUUGACCUCUUUGCUGGUGUUCGUGGAAAGUAUGUCCAUACUCAAAAGCAGGACCAUGAAGCAUUUAUAAAUCAACUUCUUGUUGAACUUGAUGGGUUUGAGAAACAAGAUGGGGUUGUUUUAAUGGCUACUACAAGAAAUCUCAAGCAAAUCGAUCAGGCCCUGCAACGACCUGGUCGAAUGGAUAGAAUAUUUCAUCUUCAACGUCCGACUCAAAUGGAGAGAGAGAUGAUCUUACGUAUUGCGGCGAAGGAUACUAUGGAUAAUGAACUAAUUGAUUAUGUAGAUUGGACAAAGGUUGCUGAGAAAACGGCUCUUCUACGGCCUAUAGAGCUAAAACUUGUUCCUUUAGCAUUGGAAGGUACUGCAUUUAGGAGCAAAUUUCUUGAUACUGAUGAACUUAUGAGCUACUGUAGCUGGUUUGCGACUUUCAGUGGUAUUGUUCCCAAAUGGCUGAAGGAGACAAAAAUUUUGAAGACAGCUAGCAAACGGCUGGUUAAUCAUCUAGGACUGUCAUUGACAAAGGAAGAUCUGCAGAGUGUGGUUGAUCUAAUGGAACCAUAUGGUCAGAUAAGCAAUGGGAUUGAACUUCUAAGUCCUCCAAUUGAUUGGACAAGAGAGACAAAGUUCCCACAUGCUGUAUGGGCUGCUGGUCGAGGUCUCAUUGCUCUUCUUCUACCAAACUUUGAUGUUGUUGAUAAUAUAUGGCUUGAGCCUCUUUCUUGGGAGGGCAUUGGAUCCACAAAGAUUACAAAGGCCAAGAAUGAAGGGCCCAUCACUGGAAAUGUAGAAACAAGAUCAUACCUUGAAAAAAAACUGGUCUUUUGCUUUGGUUCAUAUAUUGCAGCGCAAUUGUUACUUCCUUUUGGGGAGGAGAAUUUUCUUUCAUCAUCAGAACUCAAGCAGGCCCAGGAGAUAUCUACGCGAAUGGUGAUUCAAUAUGGAUGGGGGCCUGAUGAUAGUCGUACAAUUUACUUUUGUAGCAAUGCGACUACAGCCUUGAGUAUGGGUAACAACCAUGAACAUGAGAUGGCUGCCAAAGUUGAGAAGUUGUAUAAUUUAGCGUAUGACAAAGCAAAGGAGUUGCUUCAAAAGAACCGUAGAGUGCUUGAAAAGAUUGUGGAAGAAUUGCUAGAGUUUGAAAUCUUGACAGGAGAGGAUCUUCAGAGGAUUUGUGAAGAAAAUGGUGGGAAUCGGGAGAAAGAGCCAUUUUUUCUGGCAAAACUUAAUGAUAUAGAGGUAUCAUGUUGAAGUU